UAAGUUGGUCUCACACACACUUGAAAUCCCAACAACAAAGCCUGGGCUUCAAACACAUCAACCAAACCCUCGACAAAUCUAGCCAUGUGAUCAUAGCUCCAUGUGCAUCUCUAACCACAAACCCAAAGUCAUCCUUGUCAAAGAAGCCCAAGACGCUUGACCAUGGUUCCACGUGCAUCUCUAACCACCAACCCAAACCCAUACUUGCUAGAGAAAUCCAAGAUGCGUCAACAUUUAAGUUGAAGCAACUGCAGGGUGGUCACACCCAACAUCAAAAGUUCAAUUUUGAGGAGUGGCAGCCCUUUGCCAAGCAGCCAAGCAGCCAACCCCUCAUCUAAUAAGAAAGAUUAUAUCCAAACAAAAUGAAGCAACAACAACAUUUGGAGUAUAUUAAAGCCAUAUGUGUUGUUAUCCCAUCGGCUAUGGCAAGGCUGUUAGUUGAAAAACAAUAUAGCGGACUGAAAUUGGGCCAUUCGGAAUUCGGCGUUUAAUUGUGAGCCCAUUUGAGUUUUGAGGGACAAUGGUUUUAUCACAAUCGAAGCUAUCCGACCCAAAAUUCGGGGCUACCAGCUCUCUCUCUCUCUCUCUCUCUCUCUCUCUCUCUCUCUCUCUCUCUACUUGGUCAGAGACUCGGAGGGAAAAGCACUCCGAUGGACGACAUGACGAGCUACUAUCCGCCACCGCAACCACCGCCGCAGCCUUCUGGUCUUGAACCUUCUCACUAUCCCUAUUACCAGGUGCCUCCUCCUCCUUCAGCACCGCCGUCUCAGCAUUACCUCUCUCAACACCCGCCCACCUUCGCUUCUUAUGGCUUACCUCUUCUACCUCACACAACCUCCAUCAAUGAGGUCCGUACCCUAUUCAUAGCUGGUCUUCCUGAAGAUGUCAAGCCCCGAGAAAUUUACAAUCUCUUCCGGGAGUUUCCGGGAUACGAGUCCUCUCAUCUUCGGACUCCCACGCAGACGACCCAGCCAUUUGCAUUUGCUGUAUUCUCAGACCAGCAGUCUGCCGUUGGUGCAAUGCAUGCUGUAAAUGGCAUGGUGUUUGAUCUCGAGAAGCAGUCAGUACUGUAUGUUGACUUGGCUAAAUCUAAUUCAAGAUCAAAACGGACGAGGACAGAGGAUGAAAGAUAUGGAUCAGAUAAGAAAGCUAAAGUAUCUAUCAUUUCAAGGAGUACUCCUGAUCCUGCAGGUCUUGGCAGCACUCACAUGUCUGGAAUGGGUAAUUCUGCUUACAACACGAUUGGUUAUCCAUCUGCACAAAGCCAUGGAAGCUUUGAUAACAAAACUGUAAACGAUACAGUGGCUGCAAAUGUGAUUCCUCAAAAUCCCCCAUGUCCAACACUUUUUGUGGCAAAUCUAGGACCAGGUUGCACCGAACAAGAGCUUAUUCAAAUUUUUUUGAGAUGCCCAGGAUUCUUAAAACUUAAAAUGCAGAGCACGUAUGGAGCCCCAGUUGCUUUUGUUGAUUUUCAGGAUACGGCCUGUUCAACCGGAGCUCUGAACCAUCUGCAAGGCUCAAUUCUGUACUCAUCACCUCCUGGGGAGGGCAUGCGAUUGGAGUAUCCUUUUACCAUUUUUUUUUUAAGUUCUUUACAGUUGUACUGUUACUACAUCAUGUCUUCAAAUAUUUUGCUUAACCCAACAUUUAGAUACGCAAAAUCAAGAAUGGGUAUGCGGAAGAAACCGAAAUGAUUAAAGACAAUUCUUGCAGUCAGGAAGAAAAUAGAGAGCCCUCAGGCCAUGUGCCUACAAUGGUUUAUGAAGGUCAGAGGUAGUGCCUUACUUGUACUCUUAUGUAGAUGAGGAAAUUAACAACAUAUACCAUUCCCAUAUUUUUUUUCAUUGUAUCAAAUGCUGCCUUCUCAGUCUUAAAACUUCAAAUUCAUUUUAUAUCUUCAGAACCCCAUUAGUUCUAUACAUUUAUUACUCAUAAAGAGUAUCUUUUCCA